AACGCAAUUAUCGGACACAUUACCCUCAAAACCACCCUUUCCCUUUCGUCGAUCUCCGUCUCCCUCAUCGUUUCCUCCCUCCUCUCUGUCUCUGUCUCUCUUCAAUCCCUUACCAGAUCUCGCUCUCUCUCCAGGAUUCGACAAUGGCGGCCGCUCCUACGCCUCGCGAAGAGAACGUGUACAUGGCGAAGCUCGCUGAGCAGGCCGAGCGCUACGAAGAAAUGGUGGAGUUCAUGGAGAAGGUGUCCGCUGCCGCAGACAACGAGGAACUCAACGUCGAGGAGAGGAAUCUCCUCUCCGUAGCCUACAAGAACGUGAUCGGAGCGCGUCGCGCCUCGUGGCGCAUAAUCUCCUCGAUCGAGCAGAAGGAAGAGAGCCGCGGCAACGAGGAUCACGUCACCGUCAUCCGCGACUACCGAUCCAAGAUCGAGUCUGAGCUCUCCAACAUCUGCGACGGUAUUCUCAAGCUCCUCGACUCUCGCCUUAUUCCCUCGGCUUCCUCCGGCGAUUCUAAGGUCUUCUACCUCAAGAUGAAGGGCGAUUACCACAGGUACCUCGCCGAGUUCAAGACCGGCGCUGAGCGCAAGGAGGCUGCUGAGAGCACUCUCGCUGCAUACAAAUCGGCUCAGGACAUUGCAAAUGCCGAACUGCCUCCAACUCAUCCAAUUAGGCUCGGCCUUGCUCUGAACUUCUCCGUAUUUUACUAUGAAAUCCUUAACUCUCCUGAUCGCGCCUGCAACCUUGCAAAACAGGCUUUUGAUGAAGCGAUUGCUGAAUUGGAUACACUGGGAGAGGAGUCAUACAAGGAUAGCACUUUGAUCAUGCAACUGCUUCGUGAUAACCUCACCCUUUGGACCUCGGACAUGCAGGAUGAUGGAGCAGAUGAAAUUAAAGAAGCAGCACCGAAACAGGAUGAUCAGUAGAGAUCUUUUACUGCUAAUUAGAAUUGAACUUCUCCUCUAUAUCUUUUUGAAGGGAGGUGUUUGUUGCUUAUAUCUUUGGUGCUGGAAUUUUAGGCAUUCAUGUCUGUUAUGAAUUGUGGAUGUACUGGGCCGUUUUAGUUUGUCCUUCCAUUUUCAAGUGUUUUCCAAAUUGCCUAUUUUAUUAAGGACGCUGAAGUUUUUUAUUUUACGGAAUUGGAAUUUUAAGAUUCUCUUCUAUCUAGUCAACUUGAUGUGUUUUGUUGGAAUUGGUUUAUGGUUUUGUACGUUUAACUAUUCUAAGGAUUGUACAUUUCAUUCUCUGAAAUAGAAGGUCUGUUGUUCGAGAUCA